CCACUUACCAUAUCAACAUUUUUGUGUUGCAAUUCCAUCAUAUCAUAUCAUAUAUACAUACAUUUUAAUUAACAACACAAUUUUCAUCUAAAUCAAUCUUCUGAAUGGAACCUGAAGCUAGUAGGAGGGGUCACAAAUUUUCAUCUUAUGAGAGAGUAGCAGCCAUAAGCUUAGUAGUUCUAGCUGUGGCUUCUCCUCUAUACAUAGAUCACAGAUCAGAGAGUGAGUUGGAAGAUGAUGAACAACCAAUUAGUGUUACUUUAUGGUUACCAAUGUUACUUUUUGUAUUGGUUUUAGUCAUAUCUUUAUCAGCUUUUUUGGAUAAGAGCUUCACAAGGUUUGAUCGUAAUUGGAUUCAUAGAGUUGGUGGUUCUUCUGGUGGUAUUGUUUUCAUUCUUAUUCUUCUCUUUCUUGUUUUGAAGUGUAAAGCAUCUUUGUAAUGUAAGAACCUUGCAUGCGGAGUCAUCGAGUCCAUUGUCGUGUUUAGGCAUUGACUAACCACUUGUUGUAUUUUAUGUGAACUGCUUGUUUUUUUUAGUAGUCUUUUCGAUACACCUUAUACUAAAAGGACUGCUAUAUAACACUUUAAUAUAAUCCAUUUUUGUUUGUUAAAAAAAAGAAACCUUGCAUGCAUGCUCAUUGUGUGUUGUAAGAUAUUCAUGAACUUAUUUUUCUGUUGUUUGUGAAGAA